CACGGCGGUGAGUCUCCAGAUUCCCCCUUCCCAUUCCAUUCCAGCUCGGACCAUGCCACCUCCAGGCUGUUGAUGGUGGACCGGGGUCCCUUUUAUUUCGUCAAGGUCUCCAGCAAACGGCUCUGGGCCCCGUUUCAAGACAGCGAGGCGGGAUUCAAAGCUUCAUUCAUGUUCGGGAACCCAUCAUCGCGAGACCCCCUCCCCCACGAGCCUCCUGAGAAACGCCUGAACCGCUGCUCAUUUUCUGUCAAAAUUGCACCUGGUCCGCUUUCAGGAGUCAACGCCGUGAGAACAGACGGCUUCCAGAACGGGCAUUCGUCGGCGGAGCAAAGAGAGUGAAGAGCAAAGGAGCUGGCUGAGCUGCAGUCCAAGUCUUGACACCCUUUUUUUUUGUGUUAGUGCCAACCUGUCCUCAACCCACAGACACACACGCACCAUCGACCCCUGCUUGGAGACUGACGACUUGGCGGGUUUCCAACCAUCUCGUGCCCACGCAUUUUUGGAUCCCGACGCCGUCUGCUCUUUUUCCUUCUUUUUCCAUUCUUGCCCGCAUUGCAGGACCUUGCCUUGUGACAUAUAUUAUUACGGCCAAUUCAUCGACCCUGUGGGCAUUUACGGCCGGCUUCGUUGAUCGCACUUGAUUCACAUCUCUAUCUCUCUCUCUCUCACACUCUCUCCCCCUCCCUCCCCCAAAACGGCAGCUCCCGCACCACCACGCAUCCAGCCAUAAUGCGUGUGUCGCAAGCUCCCCUGAGCUCGACGCUCGCCUUCCUGCUCGGCGCAAGCCUGACGCAAGCUCAGUACCUCAUCAACGAGCUCAGUUUCGGCUACACUGGCAGCAUAUCGCCCAACAAUGAUGGCCACGUGCCCAACUUCGUGCUCCAGGGUCAGCCGAAUCAGCCCGAGAUCCUUUCCAACAAAAUCAUCCUCACGCCCGUCGCGCCCGGGAACCAGCGCGGCUCCAUCUGGAGCACCCAGAAGGUGACGCACAGCACCUUCAUCGCCGACAUCGACUUCCGCGCCAACGGCCCCGAGCGCGCCGGCGGAAACCUCAACAUCUGGCUCACCAACGGUGGCGCCGCCGACGUCGGCAUGAGCUCCGCCUACACGGCGCCGCGCUUCGACGGCCUCGUCCUCGUCAUCGACGGCCACGGCGGCACCGGCGGCAUGGUGCGCGGCUUCCUGAACGACCGCUCGACCGACUACAAGGCCCAGAGCGACAUCAGCCCCCUCGCCUUCGGCCACUGCCAAUACCACUACCGCAACCUCGGCCGCCCCAGCCAGAUCAAGCUGCGCCAGACCGACCGCGUCUUCAAGGUCGAGAUCGACGGCCGCCUGUGCUUCGAGACCGACAAGGUCAAGAUCCCACCGGGCUACACCUUUGGCAUCACCGCCGCGAGCGCCGACAACCCGGACUCGUUUGAGAUCUUCAAGAUGGUUGUCAUGUCCGACAGCCUGCACGCCAGCGACAACGGCGGUCAGCAAAACCAGCAACAGCAGCAGCAGCAGCAGCAGCAGGCCCACGAGCAAAAGUCUAGCCAGGGCCAGCCGAACACCAACAACCCGCGCAGCGGCAACCCCGAGCCGAUCGACCUGAACGCCAUCCCCGACUCCAGCGCCGACGCCAUCACGUCGUCCAAGGCGCAGUUUGCCGACCUGCACAACCGCCUGCAGUCGGUCAACCACCAGAUCGGCACCAUCUUCCGCUCCGUCAACCAGUACGGCCAGCAGGCCGAGCACCGCCACGCCGAGACGUCGCAGAUGCUCGACUCGCUGCGCCAGGAGCUGCGCAAGCUCGACAAGAUCAACGACCUCGAGGGCCGUAUCAACGGCCUCGAGCGCGAGAUCCGCGCCAUGCGCACCGACCUCAACCUGCAGAUGAAGAACACGGAGCACUCCCUCAAGGGCUACAUGAGCGACCACCACGCCACGCUGUCGUCCAACAUCGUCAAGGCCGCCCCCGGCCACGGCAAGCUCAUCGGCGUCAUCAUCGGAUCCCAGGUCGUCCUCGUCGUUGGGUAUAUGCUGUACAAGAGGAGGAAGAAUUCGAUGCCCAAGAAGUACCUGUAGAGGACCCCGCCCGUAGAGGGUGAAGAUGGGUCGCCAACAAACACACAAACCAACAAAGGGACAUUCGCCGAGCAAGGCGGCGCGUGGGGAGGCUGCCUUGCGCAAGCCGUGGAUGCUGUGCUCCUCGGUCUCGAGGAGUAGUGAUCCGGCUGCAUGAAAAAAUGGGAGGAGAGGUGUGGUCGUCGUGGCUCUUGUACGAUUUGAAAGGCGCAGGGUCACGGUGACAUAUGACGAAAAGAAGAAGAACACGCGCAGGAGUGGCGGUCAGCGCUGAGAUGGCAUGGGCGGCGGACGUCAAAGUAAAUGAUUCAAGCGAAAAAAUGUUUACAAAGUUUCAACCAGAGGUCUU